ACGAUAUAUCUAUAAAUUGAUGAAUGCUAUAAUAUAAGUACUAUACUUGCUCGAUAUUUAAUUAAAAUAGCGAUUGAAAAGAUAGUCACCCUUGACUCAGUUCAACGAAAGAUUAAUGACCUUGUUUGAAGGUAAACAUGAAAAAAGCAGUCGACACAAGUGUCUGUGCUAGUGAAUGAUCAAGAGACGUCGCAUUUAAUUUUAACUCGUGCUCCAAGAAGACUGGUCGACGACGAUGUAUAUAAGCUUUGCUGCCACGGAUUUUGAACUCAGUUAGAUAGCACGAAGUAAAAGCGCCAUUGUUGCAAAAUAUUGUAAAUUUCUGUAGCGUUUGAAAGAAAAGUGCCAGGAAAAAAUGCCGACUAUCUGUAUGAAUGUUAUUAUCCUGUUCAGUCUAAUGUCAACUUGCAUGGCUACGCCGAUCUUUUUUGUAUCGCCUGAAAGUGCGAUACAAGACAUAGUGCUAACCCAUCCAGCUGUCUUAAUUAAUUCUGCAAUUGAAGACAAUUUGCCCAGUCAAUUGCGAAAUGAUUUUUAUAAAAAUCCGAACGUUGCUACUGGUCUCGCUAAGGAAUCCUGGUUUAUCGAUAAAGAAAUGCAGGUAAUUGAUCGAGAAACAGACAAAAUUUCCAGAGAAAAAAUCUACAGCAUACUACAUAAUGCUGGACUAGCUCGCAAAUAAUAUUGCGACAAUAAAUAAAAACUACGUGAUUUUAUCUCCAGUAAGUAAACAUUUCAGUUAAGACUGUACAAUAAAAUUAAAUUAAAUAAAAAAAUAAUUUUCUGUGAAUUGUUUCCAAUACUUGGAAAUUUCAAAAAUGUAUUUAC